AUGAUUCACGCUCCGCUUGCUGUUGUUGCUCCCACGGCCGCCGACCCCGACGUGUUCUCUGACGUCCUGGCCCGUUACACACUCAUCAAGAAACUGUCGUCCACACUGUACGGAGAGACAGCGCUGUACCGGGACGAAGCUUUGGGCAAGAAACUCGUGGUGCUCAAGCGCGUGAGUAUCCCGUUGUUGCAGCAGGAGAGUCAGAGUCCCACAGCUAAGGAGAACCCGUUGUGUGAACGCAUCGUCGUGCAGAUGCUCGAGGAAUCUGUGAUAACCCGCGCACCCGGCCGCGAAUACGUGGUUGAGUAUGUACGUGAAGGUUUCUUUUCGUCCGGCGACAGCGUCUACAUUGCCAUGGAGUUUUGCGCCGGCGGGGAUUUGUACGACUACGUGACGUCCAAGCCUGGACGCCGUGUGGGGGAGAACGAGGCACUCACGCUCUUUGUGCAACUGGCCAAGGGACUGAGUUUCCUACACGCACAUGGUGUUGCCCACCGUGAUCUGUCGCUAGAGAAUGUAUUGCUCAACGACGGCCAGGUGAAGAUCUGCGACUUUGGCCUCAGUGCUGACGCUAACAAAGUGUCGUCGGACGUAGUGGGCAAGUACUAUUACAUGGCUCCCGAGGUCUUCCAGGGUGCCGUGUAUGAUCCCAAAAUGGCCGAUGUGUGGUCGCUCGGCGUGCUGCUCUUCAUCCUGUUGACGGGCUCUCCGCUCUUUGCCGACGAACAGCGCUGUGCUCCCACUCUGCGUGUGCUUAACAAGUAUGGUGUGGGCAAAAUUUUGGAUCUUUGGGGCUUGACGAAGCUCAUCUCCAGUCCCACCAUCAACCUGCUGUCGUGUAUGCUGCAGGUGCAGCCACACCACCGCCUGAGUGCGGAUCAAGUGGCUUUCCAUCCGGCACUACGCCGUAGCAGCAUGCCAGGUAAGGUGGUAGCAGCUUCGUCUGCUAAAAGUUGA